CAAGCCGCGCGCAACGAUGCCCGAGCUUCCGGAGGUGGAGGCCCAGCGCAGUACCAUCGAGGCUGCGACGCUUGGGCGCCGCAUCGCCACCCUGAUUGCCGUGGAGCAGGGCGGCGGGCCGCGUGAAGGGCAGUUCGACGACAAGGUGAUUGCAGAGGAAGUCACGCCCGACGUCCUGGCCAUCACGCUGCAGGAUCGGUGGGUGCUCGGCGUGCGUCGCCGAGGCAAGCAGCUCUGGCUGGAGCUCGGCGAGAGCAAGGGCGGCGCUUGCUGCGCGUGCCUCCUUAUCCACAUGGGCAUGACCGGCGCUGUGAUCGUGCAGGGCGUCGCCGCCCCCGUCUACAAGUCAUUCGCUGUCGACGAGACGGCGUGGCCGCCUCGCUUCACCAAGCUGGAGCUGCUGAUGGCCGAUGCAGCGGGCGUCUCCGCGCCCUGCGUCCGCCUGGCCUUCACCGACCCGCGUCGCUUCGGGCGGGUGCUGCUCCGAGGCGCCGACCCGUUCUCCCGGCCGCCGCUGAGCGCCCUCGCCGCCGACCCGGUCACGGACCCGCCGUCGGCUGAGGCGUUCGCGAGCGUGCUGCGGCGGGUGCGCGCGCCGAUCAAGGCCGCGCUCCUCGACCAAGGCCGCGUCGUCUGCGGCGUUGGCAACUGGGUGGCUGACGAAGUGCUGUACCAGGCGGGCGUGCUGCCGGCGGCGCCCUGCGAGAGCCUCUCCGAGGAGCAGCUGGCGGCGAUCCACGCGCAGGUGCUCGCCGUCUGCACUGCCGCGUGCGGCCGCCUCGAGCGCGGCUGCGACUUCCCCGGCCAAACGUCGGGCUCGAUGGCGUCGCCGCUCGGCCGGAUCCACUUUGACACCGUCGGAGGGAGGACGACGGCCUUCGUGCCGGCCCGGCAGGUAAAGGGGCAGGCGGCGGGCAAGGCGGGAGGCGAGGCCAAAGGCAAGGCGGGGGGCAGGAAGGGGGCGGCGUGCGGCGGGGCCGCGGCCUCGGGUGGGGCAGGCUCGGCUGCCAUCCUGGCGGGCGGGUGGGCGACGCUGACUGGCCUCGCGUCGCGCGCCGACCUCAACGGCGCGCAGGCGCAGGUGCUGAAGCGGUGCACCGGCAAGGCGACGGCUGGGCGGUGGAAGGUCAAGGCGCACUCGCAGCGACCUGGGCCGCUCCGCCUCGCAGUGUGGGCGGCGACCCUUGACGAGUCUUGCUGA